CGGGAAGGGGCCUCCAGGCCGCUUAAUCCACAGUUUACCAGACUUUGACCUGCUCCCCACCGCGAUGACCGCCCACAUCCUCAUGCUGUUGCUCCUCACCUCUGCUCUAGGGGACUCGGCCUCCGCAGGCAGGCGGCUCUGGCACCUGGUACCCCAGCACCGCGGCCGCCUCUGCUCCCUGGGCACAUGUCAGACGCACCGCCUGCCGGAGAUUAUAUACUGGCUGCGCUCUGCCUCCACCAAGGAGUCCUCGGGGAAGGCUGGCCGCAAGCCCCAGGACCCCCAUAGCUAUGGGCGCCGCCGGCGCGAGGCAGGAGCCCUGCUUCAUCCCCAGGACCCAGGCCGUCAGCAAGCGGGCCAGGACAGUGCCCAGCUUAUGGGGUGACCUCAGCACUUCUCUGCUCCUGCCCUGGCUUCAGUGUGUCCGCCUGUGUAGGAAGGCUACUAUCCCCAAGUUUCUUCUCCCCUUGGGGUCGUCUUCCCCAGCCUCUCUCCAGACUGCGACUGGGCUGUACCCAGAACCAGCCUGGACAGAACACUAA